CUGCAACAAUACAUGCGCCUUCCCAAAGUACCAUACCUGCGAGUAAUUUCCCGCAAAUCCUGGAGCAGCAAAAGGCUUGGCAAGCGUGCCCCUCAUGGCGUCGUCGUCGGCGCCGCCUCUCCGUCACCUCCGGCAGCUGCGACCGAAAGCACUGUCACGAUGAUCGACCACGCCAAUGACCAAAACACCCAACCCCGUGCGCCUGACAGCGGCCACAAUCCCUCCAGUCUCCCGCCGCCGGCACAUGCGCUGCCUCCACGCCCUUCGCUUCCGACACGGGUGGAAGGCGUCGUCAACGUUGCGAAUAAUGGUCUGACCGAGCACGACCGGAGAGCCGAGGCGUAUCGUCAAGAGGAUGCCCAGCGCCACCAGCCGCGCCCUGCGACAGGACAACUGCCCAGCCAGCCAGGCUUCUUCAACGGCAACCUUCUGCUGUCGAAUGUCCCUAGGGGUGCCCCUCCGUCUGCGGGAUCAUUUGCCUCCACACAGCCAGGUCCUUUCAACGGCAGACACUCGCUAUCGCACUGGUUCACGGGACAGGGCCCCUUCAAUAACAACACGCCGCCCUUUCCACCGCCUCCACUUCCGUUUGGCACACCUUCGUUCACCGGUGGCUUCCCGGGCCCACCUCCGCCUCCGCCUCUUCUUCAGAUGACAGGAAAUGUGGCGAAUGAGACAGCGCAACCCUUUGGGCAGACCCCACAUCAUCCUGCUGGGUUCCGUCGCUUUGCACAGACAUCCUCCAACAUGCCACAGUCGCAAAUGACUGCUCCAGAAACACCCAAAGAUGUGGGAGUACGGAUAGGACCAAAGGAGAAGAAGAAGGAGCCGAAGAUCUUUCUGCCGGCACCUAUACCAACUCCUAAGUACCUCAUGCAAGCCGCGCUGCAGGCCGAAGUCAGGAUUCCUCCGUCGAGAAAGCUCGUGAUCUUGGACCUGAACGGCACGCUCAUCUACCGGCCCAAUUCUCGCAAGCAACCUAGGAAGAUGAUAGCUAGGCCCUUCCUCCAGCAGUUCCUCGCUUACCUGUUCGACAACUUCGUUGUCAUGGUGUGGUCAUCGGCAAAGCCAGAAAACGUGAGCGUCCUCGUAGAAAUCGGCCUAGGCGACUACCGCCAUCGCCUGAUCGCCUGCUGGGGGCGAGACACACUCGGCCUGGAUCCAAAGCACUACAGUAUGAACGUUCAGUGCUACAAAAACCUCACGCGAAUAUGGGCGUCAAACGAAAUCCAGCGCCCCGAGUUCGGCGGGCGCUUCGACCAGCGCAAUACCGUCCUCAUCGACGACUCGUCGCUCAAGGCAGCCGCCCAGCCGCAUAACCUGCUUGAGAUACCAGAAUUCAAGGGCGUGGAGGCUGACACGCCAGUUCAGGACGUCCUCGCGGAAGUCGUGGGGUAUCUCGAGGUGCUCAAGAUGCAGGAGGAUGUGUCUAAGUUCAUUCACAAAGAUCCUUUCCGUGCCAACGGUGAUUGGAGAAUCGAAUGGAACGAGCUGGCGCUGCACUCGCUGCAGAACCACCUCACUUGGGUUUCCUCGCCGAGGUGAAGGGAAGAGGACAGCAUGGCGCUUGUUCCGCCAGAAGGGCUGCGCAUAAGGGGCGUUCGGCGUUGGACCGAGAUUUUUGAUACCACGGGUAUGGUCGGGCGAGGAUUUUCGCAAAGGACCACGUCUUCCAUGUGCGUUCUUACGCAUAACAUGGACAUGUAUAUGCAAACUCGCGGGAUCGCUGGAGGAGCUUCACAUUUCCUCUGCGCAUGCGAGCACUUGAUAGAAUCACAUCAUCACGGA